AUGAAAGCUUAUGAAUUUGAGGUUGACAAUAAAAGAAAUAUAUAAAGAGAAGAACUAUUUAUUUUAACAAUAGUUGAAAGAGUAUUAGCAGGACAUCUAUAAUUAAUAUCAUUUGUGGAUUAGGCUUAGUUUUGUGAAUUGUUAACAAAAAGGUAAGCAGAACAUAAAGUGAUUCAACCAUUGCAUAUCUAAAUCUUAGGCACAGUGAAAAGAAAUCUAAUAAAAAACUAAACACCAAUGCUUGAAAAAAAAGUUAAUUAUGAAAUUAGAACUGUUGCUUCAUCAUCAUUUGAUAUGAGGAAGAACUACAUUCAUUCAUUUAGCAAUAGAUUGUUAAAUAAUAAGGAAUAAUAAACCACAGAAAUAGAUGCAUUAUUAAUUGGACAAUAAUACCAAUAAUCAAAUAGAAAUAGUAACUUAAAAUUAGAUAAAACUGAGAAUAGUUGUUUAGCUAAAUAUCACACUAAUAGAAGUUAGUAAUAGAAUGAUUCAUCUGCUCGAUACAUUAACCCCUUUUAACUCAAUAGUCCUAAUAGCACUUAAGCAGAAAAUAUAAAUAAAGAAUUGCCAUCUCUUAAAUAAUCUAUAAUCAAUGAAAAUCUACCUAUUCUAAAAAAUGAAAUGGCUAUAAUUAAUAUUGUAAGUUAGGAUGGAGAAAUAGAAUAAUAAGAAGAUUUUAUAAUUAAAAAUAAUAACACCAAUGUAGAAUCAAUAGUGAGCCAAAAUCAUUAACAACUAUUUAUUUAGGACAGUAAAAUACAAUAGUAAUAAUAAUAAUAAUAAUAAGUAUAAUUAUAAAGUCACUCCAGAAAACAAUCAUAAAAUUUACCUAUGGGUAGUGACUCUAGCAAAAUGGAUCUUAAAGAAAAGUUAUAAAAAUAUUAUAGUAAUGAUGAAGACUUUAGUACUCAAAGAAAACCAAUGACUUAGAGUGAUAGAUUAAAGAAUAUUAGUUAUGGCACAGAUCCUAAUUCAAAAGAUAUUAAACUUGAUAAUUAACCAUAAAUAAUUUAAAGUGCUAAAUACUUAGAUAAUAAUAAGAAAUUUCAUAAAUCUCAUAAAUCUAAUAAAUCUCAGAUUAUAUCAUAAUAAGUUAAAUUUUCAUUUAUUCCUGUCCAAAGCUAGGAAUUUAUAUCGCAGACGUAAAAUUUUUCUAAAGAUCAAUUAAGUCCAAAGAAAAGCCUUGAAGAAAUUCAUCCAAAUGGAAAUUUUCUGUCUCCUCCUUAAUCAGCUAGGUCUAUCAUUUCUGCAAAGACAACAAAGACAAAAAUUAAGACAUUAUAAUCAAAUGAAUUAAAAAUAUUUGAUUAACAAAACCUAUAGGAACAAUAAUAAGUGGAAAAUUCAGUCUCAAAUGAAGAAUCAUAAAUCUCUAUGUUGGAAUAAUCAUUACAUCAAAAUGAGUAAGAUCAUCAUAUACAUUAAAAUACAUUAAGACCAGCAACUACCCAUAUUGAAUCUAAUAAAUAAUAAGAUUAUCCAUUAUUUUAAACUCAUGAUAAUUUAGAUAUAAUGAAAAAAUCUGCAUAAAAAUUAUUAUAAUAGUAAACUAGUAUCACAUCCAUUAUGCAUGAUGAAGAGAACUUUUAGAAUAAUUAAACAUAACAUAUUAAUAUUUAGGUUAAUUAAUGUGAACCAACUUAACCUACAAAUAAUGUGAUAAUAGAAGAAUCAAUAGAAGGUUCACCUAAUUAUAAAGUUUAAAAUUAUCAAAAUUCUAUAGCCUCUUUUUCUCUCCUAAAAUUAGAGGAUUAAAAAUAAAUGCCUACUUAAACUAAUUUUUAAUAAAGAUAACUAUCAUCAUCUCCAAAGAAUGUAUAUAUUCCUACAAGUUCCUAUAUUCCAACAUCUAAUUAAGUAUAAGGUACAUAAUCAUAAUCAUAAUCAAAAAUGCUCAUACCUAUUAGUAAUACAUAAAAUAGUAUUAAACAUAAUAGGGCAAACAAUAAAUCUAGAUCUUAAAUAAAAGAUUAUAUUUCAUAAUAAUAAUCAUAAUAAUUAUUAUAAAGAUCAGAUGAUAGUUAACCUGAAAGUAAAUUAACAAUUGAGUCUUCUUAAGGAGAUAAAUCAAAUAGAUCAAAAAUAGUUAAAAAUAAAAAGUAAUUGAAAUUACCAGCUGCUGCAGUUGCACUUAAUUUUGCAAGGAGAAAAUCAUCUAAUUAAAUUUCUCCUAUGGAUGUAUAAAUAAUUAUUUAUUAUAUUUUAGCCCAAAAAGCAAGAACAAUUAGAAAAAGAAAAAUAAAGAUAAAUUGAAUAUUAAAAGUAACUUGAAAAAAUGAAAUAUGAAAGAGAAUUAAUGGAAUAAUUUAAAAUUCCAGAUAAUAUGCCCUUAUUAUAAAAAAGAUCUAUCAUUGAAUAAUUAAUGAAAGAAUUAGAAGUUAAUUCUGAUUAAGAUGCUAAAUAUUAAAUAAUGUUAUGUAAAAUAUCAUUAUAUAUAUUAGAUAAACAAAGACAAGAAUAAAUUUAAAAUGCUUCAAAAUUUGAAUUAGUUUUUAAUAAUAAUCUUUCAAAUUGUUAUGAGGAAUUAUCUCAUAUUUCUGAAUAGAAAUUAAAAUUAUUAGGGAAAGAUAAUGAUCCAUCUAAAGUUUAAUUUUUAAAAUUUGAGGAUCAAGUUUAAACUAAUUUUCAUGGAUAAUCAAAAUCUUUUACUUAAGAUCUUAAUUCACCUACUAAAAAAAAUCUUAAAUUUUUUAGUAAAUUAGAUCCUGUUGAAAUUGAAAAUUAAAUGAAUAGAAUGAAAGAAUUUAAAUAAGAGACUGAUAUUUUAAAAUUCUUUUCUUCAUUCAAUAAUCAAUAUGAUAAAGAAGUAUAGAUAUUUAUAUAUAUAUUUUAAAAGGUUAAUUAAUGUAAUUUAGAUUAUCCUACUGAAAAAGAUAGAUACUUUUCUAUGGAUUUUUAAAGAGGAUUCUUACCAAAAACAAUACAUAGACGCAAAAGGGCUAAGAAGAAAAGCACAAAAAUAGUUAUUAAUACUUAUAGAGUGGAUCCAAAGAAAUUAGAUUAAGUUUAAGCUUAAACAGAAAAAAUAAAGCAAGUUGGUUAAUUUUUAUUGUGA